AUGGUCCGCGUCAAACACCGCUAUCUUCUAGUCGAGAUCCUCUACCCCGAUCCAUCCUCCAGUCCGUCUUUAUCUACAACCACAUCCCUCAAAAACCACGGCCAACGAUCACAACUACGAAUUCACGCGCCCACAUCCGAUGCCCUAACGCCCAGCCUGUUAGCGAAACUUGUCCGCGACGAAGUCGCCCAGAUGUAUGGCGACUGGGGGAUCGGUAGACUCGGCGGGGUUGGCGCUGGUGGUGUUAGCGUAAAAUAUCUCUCCCCCGCAACCUCAACUGCCAUUAUCCGCUGCCCGCGCGCAUCAUACCGCCUCGUUUGGACGGCUCUCACAUAUAUCUCCCGCGUUCCGGACCUGGCCGAUGGGAGCGCGGGGAGGUCAAAGCGACUGGACCUUGCUAACCUGAGCAGGCCGUGUGUGUUUCGGGUGGUUAGGGUGUCGGGGACGAUUAAGAAGGCGGAGGAGGAGGCUGUCCGCAGGGCGCGCAGGGAGAUUGUCAGGCUUAGGGGGCAGGAAGAGAUUGGUGUUCUUGGGGGCUUGGUUGGUGGGCUUGAGAAAAAUAUUGAGAGGGGAAGGGAGAGGGUCGAGGCCGAUGAUAUGGACAUUGAUGUGGAUGUGGAUAGCGACGAUGAUUGA